AUCUCAUCAUUCACAGCUUGCAUGCUCACUCGUUCAUCUCACUACUUCAUUUCACUUCACUUCACACUUCGCUCACUCAAAAUCUGUCACAUAACCCCCCAAAUCCAAUCCCAUUGAAGAAGAGAAACCACAAUGGCUUCCCAUUCUGAAUCGGGGGGAACAAUGAUUCCCCAUAUUACCCUCAGAACAAUACUCUAUUUACUCCUCUUGACCCCACCAGCAACACUAUCGCUGAAUCUCAACCUCACCGCGCUCCUCUCCACCUUCCCAGACCUCUCCCAAUUCACCGCCCUACUCUCCUCCGCGACGCCACUCGCCGCCGAUCUCUCCCACCGCUCCUCCCUCUCACUCCUCGCCGUCCCAAACUCCUACCUAUCCUCCGACGACCACCUCGUCCGCCACCACCUCUCCCCCUCCGCCCUCGCUGAUGUCCUCCGCUACCACGUCCUCCUCCAAUUCCUGUCAUGGUCCGACCUCCGCUCCCUCCCUCCCUCCGGCAAACUCGUCACCACACUCCUCCAAACCACCGGCCGCGCCACCGACGACUUCGGCUCUGUGAACAUCACUCGCGACCCCCAAUCCGGCGUCGUUUCAAUCCACUCACCCGCUCCCUAUUCCCCUUCCAACGCCACUCUUCUUUCCCUCGUCAAAACCCUACCAUACAACAUUACCAUCUUCUCCGUCAACUCUCUCCUCAUUCCCUACGGCUUCGACCUCAUGGCCUCCGAAACUCGCCCUAACCUCGUCCUCAACAUCACCAAAGCCCUAAUCGACGGCCACAACUUCAACGUCGCUGCCUCCAUGCUCUCCGCCUCCGGCGUAGUGCAGGAAUUCGAAGCGGACGAAGGCGGCGCCGGAAUUACUCUCUUCGUCCCCGUCGACGAUGCCUUCGCCGAUCUCCCUCCUUCCGUCGCGCUUCAGUCCCUUCCCGCCGAUAAGAAAGCCGUUGUUCUUAAAUUUCACGUGCUUCAUUCCUAUUACCCUCUCGGUUCUCUUGAAUCCGUGGUUAACCCUCUUCAACCAACGCUUGCCACUGAGGCCAUGGGCGCUGGCAGCUUCACACUCAACAUUUCCCGCGUUAACGGCUCCGUCGCCAUCAACACAGGCAUCGUUCAGGCCUCCGUUACGCAGACGGUUUUCGAUCAGAAUCCCGUCGCCAUUUUUGGCGUCUCCAAGGUUCUGUUGCCCAGAGAGAUCUUCGGCAGGAAUCCUAUUGUGUCUGCCAAGCCUCUCGAUGGUGCUCCUCCGCCGGAUGAUGACGCGCUCCCGCCGGAGAAUUCGCCGGGUUUCGAUGGCCAACCCUCGCACCUCUCGUCGCCGCCGGGGUUUCGCGAAGAUGUGCGGUCUCAAGCUGGUGCUUCUCGAUCCUUUGUUGUAGUUGUUCUUUGCUGUAUAGGAUUAUUGUAUUUAGUGGUAUAAGUAAGAUUACAAUUAUUAUUAUUAUUUUUUUGUGGGGUUUUGUUUUGAUUCCCUCCACCCUUCUGUACACGGUUAAUUGCAUUAUUAGGUUGCAAAUGCAGCCUCUUCUUUUCUUUUCCUUUUUUUUUUUUUUUUUUUGCUUCUUUACCAUUUAUUAUAAGAUCGUCAAUGUUAAUUGUGCCAUUGAUCUAAUAAUUAGUGUUAUUAUGAAGGUCAAUGCCGUUUCUCUGCUUUUAUUGUUUUUCCCUGUAGGGGAAGGGCCUUGUAUUUUGAUGUAUAAUGAAGUCCAAUGACAAUGACCAUCGUGUUAAGAGUUGGUUAAGUAAGCUUUUAUCUUGUUUUAGACAUAAGUUUCUGCUUCAGAAUUUGGUUCAGUGUGACUUUUCGUAUUGUUAUCAAAACCCUUUUAGGUGUUAGUACCUGCCAGGUGUUGCGCACGUGAUCUUUUGCUGAUUGAAUGUGCCUUGCGGAGUGGCCAAUUUCAUUGGUGCAGGAGUUUGGGCUGCUUGCUUUGCUUGUUGCUUACACCUAGAUGACCAUCAGGUAGUUCCUUCUUUAUUAAUUAAACUACAGAUGUGGAUUACAUACAAGUAUUAAAUUGUAAUUUGGGGUGCAUAUCUGGAAAUAAUGUCACAUAGUGCGAGUUAUAUCAUAUAAUUAUUUGCAAGAUGAAAGGCAUUACAUUUGAUGUCAACAAAUUUGGGAUUGUUAUCAUUUCCUAUAAUGUGCUGAAUGCAUUGAAUUGUGGAACUGAGGACUAAAAAACUGGUCUGGUCUUAGAUUAUUGAAAUAUGAAGUUUAGGGGGUUCUGCUGCAAGCUUGUUUCCCGUAAAUAUCUAAGAUUCUCAAUGAGCAUGAAGCUGCACUUAUUUAGAUAUUGAAAAAUUAGUGGAGAUGAUAUGAUGCCGGUUGUGUGAAGCUGGUUUUGAGAGGGGCAAAGAAGCAUCUUGGUGUUGUCUUAAUCUAUUUAAAGGGGUUUUUCCCCUUCUAUCAGCAUUUUUUUUUUCAUUUUCUUUUACUUUUGUCUUAAAACCAGAAUUUUGUUGUCUUGUCUGCACAUGCUGAAGCCAAAUGUCCUGCCACCUACAUCUUAGUUGGAAUCACCGUAAGCCACAGGCUUCUUGGUCUAUAACUAUUUUUCUUUGGAAUACUGGUGUUGCCUGUUUUGGAUGGGUCCUCUAAUUGUAUUUGGGUUGAUUUCCACCACAUGCAAAAGUUUAGAAGAGAAAGACAGAAAGAGUUAGAAUGAAAGAUUUUUCAAUUACCCAUUUCUAUGAUUGGAAGAUUUGAUAUAAGUAGUGCAAAAACCGGUUGCAAUUCUUGCCUUAAUCAUCUCCUCUUAAAAGAGUAAGUUUUUGCUUCUUUUUAUUUUUGGUUGCUUUAUGUAGUGCAAACAAGGAAAGUAUUUUCUUGACACUGCAUAUUUAACUCCAUAAAUUUUGAUGGUUGUCCUGAAAAUAUGCUGUAAUAGCAUAUAUUAUCAUACAAAUCUUACCUGAACUUCUUGCAUUUUGGUGUUAGUUUGGAGUAUGGACUGAGUCACUUGUUUUAAGGUUGACUAUUGCUCAAACUGAUAGGGAUGUUCUACUCUUCUGGUGUUUAUUUUCUGCUGUAGACUUAUAAUGAUGGGAAGGCUUUAGCAUCUACCGUAUGUUUCUGUUUUGUGUUUUACUAAUUUGGGUUGGAACGAUUACCUAUCCUUUGUAUUUUGUAUUCUUUAUUUCUCAGUUCUCAGCCACUAAUCUUCUGUGUUACACAAACAUAAGCAUUGAGUGCAUUUGCCCUAUUUGUACUUGGGAAGUCAAAUUCAUGAAUGGCUACAAGAACAGAAUGAUAAUAGCUUCUUUCCCUGUUCAAAUAUUAAGAAAUUAUUAACAGUAUGAUAGUUGUUGUUAAAGUGGCUACAUUUUAGUGGUUUGAUAUACUAGCCAGGUACCGGCUGGAGUUAGCAUUGUCAUAUUUUUUAUCAUGAAUGGCACCUAUGGUCAGGGUAGAGCUACAUAUAUAUGUGGUAGAUGAUGAUAGGAAUGGAGAAACUUCUACUUUGGUCUCUUACAUUGUAAAUAUUUACUUUAAUUUUUGACUUUACAGAAUUUUUAUUUUAGUUUUUUCUUUCAUAAAAUUGUUGCA